AUGUCUCCUUAUCGCACACUCCUCUUCCUCUUCACACUCUCCCUUCUCUUCUCCUUCCUUUCCGCCCACAGCGGCCACGACGACGACGCUGACACCGACACAGACUCCGCCGCCGACUCCGUCAACCUCCGCGCGAGGUCCUUGAUCCUGGCGAAGGUGGCGUGCCUGAUUGUGAUCUUCUUCGCGACGUUUGUGUCGGGCGUGUCCCCGUACGUGCUGAAAUGGAACGAGGGAUUCUUGGUUUUGGGGACCCAGUUUGCCGGAGGAGUGUUUCUGGGAACUGCCAUGAUGCAUUUUCUCAGUGACGCUAAUGAGACUUUCGGGGAUUUGACUUCCAAAGAGUAUCCUUUCGCGUUCAUGCUGGCGUGUGCCGGGUAUUUGAUGACCAUGCUUGCGGAUUCCGUUAUUUCAUCGGUUUUAGCGAAGGUGGGGCGUGAUGGGGAUGCAAAGGAUCUCGAAGUUCAAGGGGCUGAAACGAGCAAAGUAAGUGACAAUGGUGUUACUUCUCAGUCACAAAACCGGAACCAUUCUGAUUCUACCACUGAUCACAACUUGGCAAGCCCUGCACUUGGCUCUGCCCGUUCACUUGGAGACACCAUCUUGUUGAUUGUUGCCCUUUGUGUACAUUCCGUGUUUGAGGGCUUAGCAAUUGGAGUUGCUGAGACAAAAGCAGAUGCAUGGAAGGCCUUAUGGACAAUCUGUCUGCACAAGAUAUUUGCAGCCAUAGCCAUGGGAAUUGCACUUCUUAGAAUGAUUCCCAACCGUCCCCUUAUGUCAUGUGCAGCCUAUGCUUUUGCUUUUGCCAUCUCCAGUCCAAUUGGUGUGGCCAUUGGAAUCAUUUUGGAUGCCACAACACAAGGUCGUGUGGCAGAUUGGAUCUUUGCCAUAUCAAUGGGUCUGGCAUGUGGAGUGUUUAUCUAUGUAUCAGUAAACCAUUUGUUGGUAAAGGGCUACAUGCCCCACAAACCAACAACGGUUGACUCAGCCUAUUUCAAGUUUUUUGCAGUGCUGUUGGGCGUGGGAGUGAUAUCAGUUGUGAUGAUUUGGGACACCUAA